AUGCUGCCGCCUGGGCGCAAUGGCACCGCGCAUCGGGCACGGCUGGGGCUGCAGCGGCAGCUGGCGCAGGCGGGCGCCCCGGGGGGCUCUGCGGCCCCGCUGGGACCCGCGCAGGUGGUCACCGCCGGCCUCCUGACUCUCCUCAUCGUCUGGACCUUACUUGGCAAUGUGCUAGUGUGCGCAGCCAUCGUCCGCAGCCGCCACCUGCGCGCUAAGAUGACCAACAUCUUUAUCGUAUCCUUGGCGGUCUCGGAUCUCUUCGUGGCAUUGCUGGUCAUGCCCUGGAAGGCCGUGGCUGAGGUGGCUGGGUACUGGCCCUUUGGGGAGUUCUGCGACGUCUGGGUGGCCUUUGACAUCAUGUGCUCCACUGCCUCCAUCCUGAAUCUGUGUAUCAUCAGUGUAGACCGCUACUGGGCUAUCUCUAGGCCCUUCCGCUACGAGCGUAAGAUGACCCAGCGCGUAGCCCUGGUCAUGGUGGGCCUGGCCUGGACCUUGUCCGUCCUCAUCUCCUUCAUCCCGGUCCAACUCAAUUGGCACAGAGACAAGGCAGGCUCCCAGGGCGGAGAAGGCCUGCUGUCCAAUGUGACGCCCUGGGAGGAGCGCUGGGAGCGAGAAGGGAGGACGGAGAACUGCGACUCCAGCCUGAACCGAACUUACGCCAUCUCCUCCUCGCUCAUCAGCUUCUACAUCCCGGUGGCCAUCAUGAUCGUGACCUACACGCGCAUCUACCGCAUUGCACAGGUGCAGAUACGCCGGAUCUCCUCCCUGGAGAGGGCAGCUGAGCAUGCUCAGAGCUGCCGGAGUCGCGGGGCCUGCGAACCUGACCCCAGCCUGCGGGCAUCCAUCAAGAAGGAGACCAAGGUCUUCAAGACACUGUCAGUGAUCAUGGGGGUCUUCGUGUGUUGCUGGUUGCCUUUCUUUAUUCUGAACUGCAUGGUUCCUUUCUGUAGCAGUGGAGACGCCCAAGGCCCAAGGACUGGCUUCCCUUGCGUCAGUGAGACCACCUUUGAUAUAUUCGUCUGGUUUGGCUGGGCCAACUCCUCUCUCAACCCCAUCAUCUAUGCCUUCAACGCUGACUUCCGGAAGGUGUUUGCCCAGUUGCUGGGAUGCAGCCACCUCUGCUUCCGGACCCCUGUGCAGACUGUGAACAUCAGUAACGAACUCGUCUCCUACAAUCAAGACACCGUCUUCCACAAGGAGAUCGCUGCUGCCUAUGUCCACAUGAUCCCCAAUGCGGUGUCCUCUGGAGACAGGGAAGUGGGCGAGGAGGAGGAGGAGGAGGAGGAGGGGCCUUUUGAUCACAUGUCUCAAAUCUCUCCAACGACCCCAGACCGUGACCUGGCUGCUGAAUCUGUCUGGGAGCUUGACUGUGAGGAGGAGGUUUCCUUAGGCAAAAUCUCACCUCUCACCCCCAAUUGUUCCCAUAAAACUGCUUAG